GGGACUGCUGGGGCCGAAGGUCGAAAGCGGCCUCCACGGUUCCCUGCAGCGCACCUGUCCGCUCAGGUAUCUCCUCCACAAGAUAUGCGCCCCAGCCAGUCUGCCCUCCCGGAAGCUCGGCCUCCAGACGCUUGGCUUCCGGUUCCGCCGGCUCCUUCCGGUCGCCAUGGCGACAGGGCGCCUGGGGGUCGGAGAAACGCUAGGGGCCCUCAACACGGCCCUGGGACCUGGCGAGCCCGUGUGGUUUAAGGAGACGCGUGCCCGCCACCUGCGCGCCCGAGACUUCCUGGCGCCGCGGCCCGCGCUGCAAGCGCGCUUCGGGGAUGGACAGGUGCCCGAGCAUGUGGUCCGUGCGGUCGCCGGCUUGCAAGGCCCCGGCGUGGCCCCGGUGCUGCGCUGCGAGCUGACGCCCGCGGGUCUGGCACUCCAGCUGCAGCGGCCCGCCGUCUUCGAGCGCGUGCUCGGCGCGGUGACCGCCUAUGCCGCGCCCGCCGCGCCCGCCGCGCCCGGCCCGCGCGUCCUCCUGCACUGCCCGGCGCUGCGCGGCGCCCCUGGCGCGCUCCGCUUGAGCCAGCUGCGCGCCGUGCUCGUGGCCGAUCAUUUGGCGCGAGCUCUGCGCGCUCAUGGGGCGAGUGUGCGGCUGGUACCCGCCGUGCGGGACCCGCACAUGCGGACCUUCCUGCAGCAACUGCGCGUGGACUGGCCCGCUGCCUCCGAGAAAGCCGCCACCGGAGCCCUGAGGAACCUCCCGCUGGCAGAGCUUAGCCCCGCCCCCGAUGGAGGAGCCUUGCCCCCUGGCGUCCUGGGCACAGUGUGCCUGAAGGAGGUGAUGCGAGAGCGGGGAUGCGCAGCUGGCUAUGACCCCAACGUGGACAAGUGUCUGGUGACCGAGGAUCUGCUUUCCGUGCUGGCAGAGCUGCAGGCAGCUGUCCGCCACUGGCCUGGGGACGGCCCUCCGGGCCUGGCCACGGCCCCAGACGCUGAUGCUGACGGCUGCAUGGCCCUACACGUGGUGAGCUGUGAGGAGGAGUUCCAGCAACAGAAGUUGGACUUGCUCUGGUGGAAGCUGGAUGAGCAGGCUCCUCACACACAGAAGCACCUGGUCUGUGGCCCAGUGAAAGCAGCUAGUGCCCUGAUGGCCCCCGAGUACUAUGAGCUCCGGCACGCCCAGGUGUGCAAGGCGGCAGCCCUGAAGCAUGGCAGGGAGCUCAGCCAAGACCCAACUUGGACAGAGGUCUUCAGCGUUCUGUCUGCAGCCACCAUCAAGUUUGAGAUGCUCAGCACAGCUCCACAGAGUCAGCUCCUCCUGGCCCUGGCCGACGGCAGCAUUUCCACAAAGGGCACCAAGAGCGGCACCUUCGUCAUGUAUAACUGUGCCCGUCUUGCCACGCUAUUUGAGGGGUACAAGCACAGCAGGGAACAAGGUCUGUACCCUACUUUUCCACCUGUGAGCAGUCUCGAUUUCUCACUGCUACAGGAUGAGGGCGAGUGGCUGCUGCUCUUCAACGGCGUGCUCCCCUUCCCAGAGCUGCUGAGCCAGACCGCAGCCCUGGCGUGUGCAGCCCCGGGGCUCCACGCAACUGCGCACACUGAGAUGAUGUGCAAGUUCCUGGUUCAGCUCAGCAUGGAUUUCAGCUCAUACUAUAACCGCGUACACAUCCUAGGGGUAAGUACACAGCACAGGGGGCGGGGUGGGGGGAGCUUGCAGGGGUGCAAGGUCAGCAAAGGAGGAGACCAGCAGGCCCCUUCUCUCCUCCAGGAGCCUCGAUCACACCUGUUUGGUCAAAUGUUUGCCCGUCUCCAGCUUCUGCGGGCUGUGCGUGAAGUGCUCCAUGCUGGCCUAGCCACGCUGGGUCUCCCUCCACUGAACCACAUCUAAGGCCACAGAGAUCCCGAUAUCUAGGAAUGUUUACAAAAGUCAUCACCUGGAAAAAAGAUACCAAGAUCUUAUUAGAGAUGUGGAGGCAAAAUAAAUUGCUUCUGUUUUAUACAAA